GGCAGGACCUCGGGGUCCUUAUCGCUCUCCGCCGCGGAGCUGCUGUUGGCGUCGUUGUCCCCCGCUUCGUUCCCGUGGCGUCGGAGGGAAGGCCUCGGCCUUUCGAGCUUCCACAAUGUCGACUAAGAAUUUCCGAGUCAGUGACGGUGACUGGAUUUGCCCGGACAAAAAGUGUGGAAAUGUUAACUUUGCUAGAAGAACAAGUUGUAACAGAUGUGGACGAGAAAAAACUACAGAGGCAAAGAUGAUGAAAGCUGGAGGGACUGAGAUAGGAAAGACCCUUGCUGAAAAGAGCCGUGGUCUUUUCAGCGCAAAUGAUUGGCAGUGUAAAACAUGUGGUAAUGUUAACUGGGCAAGGAGAUCAGAAUGCAAUAUGUGUAACACUCCAAAAUAUGCCAAGCUUGAGGAAAGGACAGGAUAUGGUGGAGGAUUCAAUGAAAGAGAGAAUGUAGAAUAUAUAGAACGUGAAGAAUCUGAUGGAGAAUAUGAUGAGUUUGGUCGCAAAAAGAAAAAAUACAGAGGAAAGCCAGUUGGUCCUGCAUCUAUCCUAAAGGAAGUUGAAGAUAAGGAAUCAGAAGGGGAAGAAGAGGAGGAUGAGGAUGGAGAUCUGUCUAAAUAUAAGUUGGAUGAGGAUGAAGAUGAAGAUGAUGCUGAUCUCUCAAAAUAUAAUCUCGAUGCCAGUGAGGAGGAAGAUUCUGCUAAGAAAAAGAAAGCCCAGACUAGACUCAGCCGUUCUAAGUCGCGGUCUUCCCAUUCACAAUCUUCAUCUCGCUCAUCCUCCCACUCAAGCUCAAGGUCCAGGUCCAGAUCAAGAAGCUCUUCCAGUUCAAGGUCAAGAUCUCGUUCUACUUCCAGAGAACUUUCUAGAUCUCGUGGGUCGAAAUCAAGAUCCAGCUCCAGGUCCUCAGGGGUUCAUCAACCCCAAGGAAAAGAUCUUACUCAAGCUCUCAUUCAUCCUCUUCCCCUGAGAGAAGCCGAAAAAGAAGUCGAUCUAGAUCUUCAUCUGGUGAUCGCAAAAAAAGGCGAACGAGAUCACGGUCACCUGAAAGGAACCGCAGAUCUUCAUCUGGAUCUUCUCAUUCUGGAUCCCGUACAAGUUCUAAAAAGAAAUAAUGUAUUCAGAUUCUCACUCAUACACAAACCAUCUAGUCCUGUGCAUGAGACAUUUUUAAGAAGUUGGUGUCUUACUUGGUCAGAAGUGCUAAAUCUGCUAGUAGAGGUGCAUGUUAAUGGGAAACUGCAGCUAUUUUAAUUCAUGAAACAAAAACAAUGGAACAUUUUAAGCCAUAAAUAGACUCAGUGAAGGUGAGUAGUAUGGCUGUGUUUUUCUUUCAGAAAUGUAUCCUUGCCCCAUUUUUUUUUACUGGAUUUGAAAAUGGUAAGGCUCUAGCUUGUUACUUCUUUGUCUUGGAGAGCUUUGUAUGGUCCAUUCUAAUUGGCUGCUUAGCCUUAACAUUUGCUACUUACAGAUAUGUCCAGAUCAACAUGGAUGUAUAUAAAUAUCAGUUGUACCAAAGCUGCACUGGUCUUUUUCCCUUCAUCACUACAAGUAAUUCAUACUCCAGUAAACAAAAUAAAUCUCUUCUUCAUAGGUAAGGUACUAGCAGUUAGUAUUCACAGUUUUUAGCUGAAUAGUUCAUCUGUGAGUACUUCCUAAUAUCAAGGUUUUGAAGAAUCUUGCAAAAUGUGUAAACUUCAGCCCUGUGAAUUAGGUUUUAUAUUCUAAUCCACAGGUGUACAGUUGUUGUUUUUUUUAACUUGGUAAUUGCUGGCAUUGAAAGAAAUGCACAGAAGUGCUGUAGAGAUGACCAUUUCCUUUGAGUCAUAACUCCCAAAGGCAGCUCUCAGGAUGUGAGAAGCUGCAAUCACAAUGGAAAUUUGUCGUACCCUCCCUAUGUGUGCUGAAACUUCAGAUCCACCAAAAGAAUUGAACGACAUAGUUGAAGUACAAGGAAGUGUUAAGGGUUGAAUCAAGAACCACUUUCAUUCAGAUCUUAUGGAACCUUUUUGUAAAAGAAUUCACAUAUAAUGCUGAAAUCACUUUCUGUAAGAUAAGUAAAAUUGAAUUCAGACUGGCAGGAACUCUGUUCCAAGUUUGUAACUUGCAGGAAAUACAUACUUCAGCAUAAUUGUAUUCACAAAUCACUUCAGGUAAUUUUGUUAUACAAAUUUGUGGCUUAAAAUGCUUCAUGCAAUUUGUUUUACUAGCAAUAUUUGUUAAAUACUGGCCAUUUUAAAGCUCCAUUUACUUGGGAGAAAUGUUUCGUCUUCAGUGACAUCCCAAGGUAAGUAUGUAAAAGGAGAAUAGUGUUUCUACUAAAGAAGCAGUAUGUCUUCAGUUUUCAUAUUGAACAUGGCUUUGUAAAGCAAGCUAUACAAAGACAAAUGGAGCAUACUAGUCUUACAUUUUCCUUUAGAAAAGAAGUCUGCUACACUUAACUUUCAUUACUGGUUCAAGAGACAAAGGCAGAAGAUGUUUUAUUUUGCAUAGUAGAGAGUCUUUGGAUAGAGAUUUUGCUUGAGAAAAAGUGCCCUGCAAUUUUUCCUUUAUUGCUUUCUCUUUGAGUAUUUUAAUUGCUUAAUGUAGCAUAGAUUGCACAAGAACAAAUAGUCUCCUGUAACUGUGCCUCUGACUUCUUGAAAGUCUAUCUAUUACAUUGUGAAAAUCUGACUUGCUAGAUGCUACAUGUUAAAGUUAGUUAUUCUUGUGCUUUGUAUUCCUAAGUAUUGUAACAGAUGGUUUUUAACUUUGGCAAGCAGUAGCCUAGAGAGGACUAAGGGGAAAUUAUGGUUUCAUUUGGCUUGGAUUAAAAUGUACUAGUUUGUUCCAUUAAGAUAUAAUUCUGUAGACAAAUGUAAAUAAAGCAUGUGAAUCAAA